GUAGUUCUUGAAGUACUAUGCAGCGGUGAACACCUUCUUCGAGGCUGUGGUAUGUAUAUACAGGGUGUACAGUGCUAGUGCGUUGCGUGCGAUAGCAAUAUGGGAUCGAUGUCGCGCCCCGUGGGGGUUUUCUGUUUAGUGCAAGUGCUAUGUUUUUGGACCGUUUACGUGCAAGGACACGUCGCAUUGACAUUUCCACCGGCUAGAAAGUAUGACUUGGAUUUCUUGGAUAGCUCGCGCACGAAACCGCCAUGCGGAAUGCCAAAAGGAAAUAUUAAGACUUCGUUAUUAGAAGGUAGCAAAUUUAACGUAACCUGGCAUCUAGGAUAUCCUCAUAGGGGAGGAUUUAAAAUUCAAUUAUUAGACUUCUUAGAGAGGCCAGUACUAGACUUGACACCAACGAUACAAGGCUCCGAAUUUGUAUCGAAUGAUGCCACAGCUCAAUCCUUUCAUGUGCAGUUGCCAAACCAAUUCAACUGUGAGAAUUGUACAUUAAGACUGAUACGACAAGCCCUUGAAUGGGGACAGAGCUAUAAGUUCUGGUCAUGCGCAGAUGUUGACAUAUUGCCAAGAAGAAAAUUCAGGGAAACAUGUAGCGGCCAUGGUAAAAAUCUAGUCGGAAGGUGCAAAUGUGAUAGACUUUAUUAUGGCGAAAUUUGCCAAUACAGAGACGAGUGCGUGGAGAAUAGUGAUUGCGGAGAACAUGGCAAAUGUAUAGAUGUUGGUGGAACCGUUUUCCCAAAGCAACAAUGUUAUUGCCAAUUGGGAUGGUAUGGACCAGGUUGUAUUAAACGUUCUGCAGUUAGAACAACAGAAAUCGACUUAGAGCUAUACACAGAAAAACAACUAAGUCCAACCUUCCGCCUUUAUUGGAGGAUUCUAAAAGAACACAACGAGCUCGAAGCUGUAUUGGUAGUUAACGGCACCAGCUACGCUGCGAUUGGUUGGAGACCAACAUCUCUUACCAAAAGUUGUAAAAACUUUCCUAUCAUCGGACCUGUUGGCACUUCGGGCUCGGAUCACUCAAAAGCAGAACCUAAUCCCAAAAGUGAGCCUGAACCUAAAAGCGAACCAGAACCUACCAGUGUACCAGAGCCUAAAAGUGAACCAGAGCCUAAGAGUAAUGGUGAACCCAAAACAAAACCUGAGCCUAAGACAGUACCGGAACCUAAGAGUGAGCCGGAACCAAAAAGUGAACCUGAGCCCAAGAGCGAACCUGAACCAAAGAGUGAGCCUGAACCGGAGCCGACAACGACGCAGCAACCCUCUAAAUACAGAAAAUCGCUCUACUCGAGACGAUCAGCUUCCCAAUCUCCAGCUUUGCGACGAGCUCUCCCCGUCAGUGAUGUUGUAGAAACUAGUGUAUCAUUUCAAGUCAGUAGAAAGCAAGGUCGAAGAAGAAGAGAUGUCGAAACUGUACCAGAACCCACUACCGAACAAGAAACAACGCAAGAGGCAACAACUCUACCUUCUGCAGAACCAGAUCUCACUCCUGUACCCGAACCCGAACCCAAAUCAGAACCUGCUCCAUCGCCUGAACCUACUACCGGUAAACCUAAAUCUGAACCUAGAGCGAGGUUGGAUCUCAAACCUAAAUUGAGGCUUCAACCGAAAGCUCUCAAACCCAUUCCAACUUCAACACCAGAACCUAAAUCUGAACCCGAACCUAAAUCUCAAUCUGAACCUAAUUCAGUACCAGAACCAAAAUCAGAACCAGAACCUAAAUCUGAACCUGAACCUACUUCAGUACCAGAACCAAAAUCAGAGCCAGAACCUAAAUCUGAACCGGAACCUAACUCUAAACCUGAACCUUCUUCUGUGCCAGAACCUAAAUCUGAACCUGAGCCUUCUUCAAUACCAGAACCUAAAUCCGAACCUGAACCUACUUCAGUACCAGAACCAAAAUCAGAGCCAGAACCUAAAUCUGAACCAGAACCCAAAUCUGAACCAGAACCUAAAUCCGAACCAGAGCCUAAAUCCGAACCAGAGCCUAAAUCAGAACCAGAACCUAAGUCCGAACCCGAACCCAAGUCUGAACCUGAACCCAAAUCUGUACCCGAACCAAGCUCUAAUACCGAAAAACUUUCCAAAAUUCAAGUUUCAACCGUUGGAAGUAGUGCAGGGCCCGAAAAAGAAGAGCAUCUUAAUCCUUACACACCUCGCCAUGAUUUUAAUCCCAUGGACUGCACUGAUAUUAUUAUUGGAAUGGCAAGAGGAAAUAACAGCCGAAUUGCGGACUAUUACACCAGAGAUCGGUCAACUCCCAGAAUGGACUCCUUUUGGGGAGGCAAAAACGAUCUUACCACUGCUAUGGGAUUUGAAAAGGACGGUGUAACUACAAUCCUCUUUAGAAGAAAGCUAGACUCCAAAGAACCAACAGAUCAUGCCAUUACAAAUGACUUGAUGCACGUCAUUUUCGCACAAGGCCAAGAACCUGGUAAAUACAUUCACGUGCCCAAAUCUGGAGUCGAAUCAGCAGAAGCUAAAAUAAAGGACUUCUACAAGCCCGACGAACUUAAAUACCACGGACACAAAGAGCAAAGAGGUGUCGUCAGUUUGAAUUUCUUCGAUGAGAAGAAAAUGGUGGAACCUGCUGGAGUUAUAGCAACAAGUGACACUGCAGAAAACAGAGACUGUGGUGGAAUUUGGAAGAUACCACGUAACUGUAAUCCAGACAAUUAUACCUGUGAAUAUUCAGCCAAAUGGGAACUGAUUCCAAGGAAAGAGACUAUCAGGUUUACUAUAACGACUAAACACAUUGAUACGUGGACCGGAAUUGGUUUUUCGCAUAACGAGAAAAUGUCACAAACUGAUGCUAUAUUAGGAUGGGUAGACAAGGCUGGCCGACCGUUCUUAAUGGAUACAUGGAUCAACGGUUACUCCCUCCCACUUCUAGACUCAACUCAGAACAUAUUCAACACCUCUGGAAAGAUAGUAAAUGGAGUAACGACACUAUCAUUCGCCAGAAAGAGGAUAUCUGACGAUUCCAAAGAUCUUUCAUUUGCCGACGAUACUUGUCUCUUCAUGAUGUUCCCAACCAGAGGUGGAGCAUUUAAUAGUGUGAAUAAGAAAAUAAGGAAACACGAGGUUAUUCCUACGGUCUCCACGGAAAAGAUAUGUAUCAGAUCUUGUGGAAAUGAUAAUAGUUUAGAUGAACACUUAACGACAACUGAAGCUACAACUACAACUGAAACUUCAGGUCUUGACUCCAACACCAAUGUAAAAUUAACAGAACAAGGCGAGAACCUUGAAAUUCCGCAACAAAGAACGAGUCAACACGAAGACUUGUCCAUUGCCAUUCCUAUUACAAAAACUAAAGAUGAUAGUUUCGAUGAGUACCUAACGACAACUGAGGCUCCAGGUCUUGGCUACAUCAUGAAAGUAAAAUUAAUAGAACUAGGCGAGAACUAUAAAAUCCCGAAACCAGGAACGAUUCAAUACGAAGACUUGUCCAAUUCCAUCGAAGAGAGCUUCAAACCUGUAUUUAACCGCCUGUCUGGGUAUAGGAGACUACACAUUGAACAAAUUAACAGUGAUCAAAACAACCUCGUCGCGACAAUAAACCUCCAGUUGGCAAAUCCAUCAGCAGAAACGGGAAGAUUUCUUACUGAAGAUACUUCGGAGAUGGACGAGAAGGUGCAUAAGCUUUUACAAAACAGCGUUGGUUCAGGAAGAGUAGGAAACUUCAAGGUUGAUCCUCAAUAUCAAGUUUUUGAACCACAGAGCAUAACCACAAACCUCAUAACAGACGCUUCGUCAUCAUCCGCCAACAACUUCUUCAACCUGACUGAAGCUAAACUGUACAUCGUGCUGGGCUGUAUAGCUGCCUUGGCCAUAGUUGCUAUUAUUCAAGCCAGUUGUACGAUCUACAAGGCCAGAAGUCGAUCCUCAGCCAACCACAAGGACCACCUAAUACCUAACUCCGCAUGGAAAGAUUACUCCUCGAAUACAAACUACGCUUUCGACGCAUUCGAAACCCCCUCCACAGUCACCCUCGAAGAGAAAAAACACUCCAACGGCAACACUAAUGGCACCAGCACCAAACCGACGAAAAGUCGCCACAUCCAACGGCCUCAGACCCGGCCGCCCAGCGUACCACCAGCAGCACCACAAGGAGACACUCGCUCUCUGCAGCGCCCGCGCAUGGGCAACUAUCCCCCCACCAACAUGGACAGAAACACCUUUUCUCUGCCGAGAACAGUGUAUGACAGGAACCACUACCAAGACAGAGGUAGACAAGGACCUGAUAUGCAGCCUGCGGACUUUUAUUUUAUGCCCUCGCAACGCAAAUACUCAGGUGAAGUGGUUAGAGUUUACGUAGAUUAUAACAAUCAGCCGAAGUGAAUAUGGUGGUGUACUAACUUUAAGGGACUUUUAAGUUAAUUUCAGAGAUCGCAAAGCGAAAUACUGUAGGUAACUUAUCGUUCAACGCUUUAUAGUCCAAUCAGCAGCCAUUUUCUCGUGGAAUUUUGAGAACCAAGGUCGAUUUUCUUGAAAAUUUGGAUUUAGGUAGUAAUUAUAACCUUUGUCAAAAUCUACCGUAUACCGAACUGCGCUUUUGCCCUGGAGCUGAAAACAACCCCAUCUGGAAGAUGAAAUUUUCUUAAUCAAAAUAACUAUGGAAAUCGAUAGAGUGACCAAUUCUGAGUAAAUUUUGUUCUAUAAUUUUUUUUUUUGCAAAAUUGACACUUUCCAAGUUAAUUGCGAUUGAAACUAUGCAUUUUUCAUUGAAAAACACUCGCGUUUUGUAACCGUUUUUCAUGAAUAACAUAAAACAAUUUAAUUUUAUAGAAAAACUCAUUAAGAACAAAAUUGUAGCUAAUAGCAAAACAAAGAGAUUACCAGACCUAUGUUAAACCCAAUAACGACUGAGUUAUUGCUUUUUAAAGUAUGGUUAUUUGCUAAUAACAUCGAAAUGGAGAGCCUUUAAUCUCAAAUAUCUCGAAUGUGGUGCAAUUUUUUGUGAAAACAUAACAGAUAUCUUUUAAAGUUACUAAAAAAGCUUUCAAAUAAGCUCUGAUAAAAGUUUCUUGCAUAAAAACUGACUGACAUGACUAAAAUAAAGUAGCUCUCUGCUUUUUUCUUUUUGAAAUGUAAAAAUUAAAGCCUCAUCGUUACAAUCCUAAUAGAAAUGAAUAGCUUCCCACUUGAAAUUAACUUUAUUUAGGUAUAAUUGAUACGAUCCAUGUGAUUUAACCGGUUUGGAAUGCUUAGUUUAGAAAAAAUAGUUGCUUAAAUCGAAAAUCGACGUUCUCAAGAUUUUUAAAAAAAGUUAAUUUUCCUUAAAUAAAAAGUAUACAUAUUAUAAAAAAAAUGGUUCAAAUAUUAAUUGUAGAAUUUAUUUUACUGAAAAUUUUGAUUUUUUUUGUUUUUGUACCAUAAAUACUUAGGUUUAUUAAAAAAAAUGAUUUUUUUUUAAUUAUAAUAAUGUCAUUUUCGAUUUAAUCAACUAUUUUUUCUAAACUAAGCACUCAAAACUGGUCGAAUCACAUGGAUCGUAUCAAUUAUAACUUAAUAAAGUUAAUUUCAAGUGAGAAGCUACAUUUGUAUUAGGAUUGUAACGACGAGGGUUUAACUUUUACAUUUCAAAAAGAAAUAAGCAGAGAGCGACUUUAUUUUCGUCAUAAGUCAGUCAGUUCUUAUGCAAAAAACUUUUGUCAGAGCUUAUUUGAAAGAUUUUUUAAUGAACUUUAAAAGAUGUGUGUUAAGUUUUACGAAAAAAUUGAACCACAUUCGAAUUAUUUGAGAUUGAAGGUUCUCCAUUUCGAGGUUCUUCGAAAAUAACCAUCAUUUAAAGAGCAAUAACUCAGCCGUUAUUGGGUUUACCUAGGCCUUUCCAACGCGACUCUCUUUGUUUUUUAUUAGCCACAAUUAUGUUCUUAAUGAUUUUUUUUAUAAAAUUAAAUUUUUUUAAGUAAUUCAUGAAAAACGGUUAUAAAACGUGAGUUUUUUCAAUGAAAAAUGCAUAGUUUCAAUCGCAAAUAACUUGGAAAAUAUCAAUUUUGAAAAAAAAUUUAUAGAACAAAAUUUACUCAGAUUUGGUCACUAUCGAUUUCCUUAGUUAUUUUGAUUAAAAAAUGUUCAUCCCCUAGAUGGGGUUGUUUUCACUCCCAGGGCAAAAGCGCAGUUCGGCAUAGGGUAGAUUUUGAAAGAAAAGUGUCAAUAGAGCUUAAACCCCAUUUUUUAUUAAAAUCUAAUUGAUUGAUUAGUUCUAAUAAAGUUUUAUUUUCAAUAUUGUUAAUAUUGAAAGUAAAACUUUCGUUCGUUUAGAAAUAAUAUUCUUUUCAAGUAUCCCCAAUAAAAAUAAUCUUUAGGAUUCAAAUCGGGGGAACGAGGAGGCCAUUCCACUAAUAAUAAUCUACCAAUCCACUUGUUCACUCUAUAUGUAAAAAAUUGCCUUUUUAUUAAAUAUUUGUAAAAUGAGUUACCUCGCAUUGAAAUCUUUUCGAUCUUUGAAAUUAAUUUGUUGUAAAUUGAUUCAAAUGUUUAUAGAUUUCGAUUUUACUCUGUCUAUAGGAAUGGGACCUUAGUACUACUCCUGUCACAGCUCAUUAAUCACUUCAACCUCUCUAGCCAGGUUAGUUUCCACAACAGUACCAUUAUUGAGACUGUAAAAUAAGUUGUACAUAUUAUGUAGUUAUUCGGUGGUGAAUCCAUGAAAUACAUAAAUAUAAUGAAUUUACUUAUAGGCAAUGUUUACUGAAUUGAUAUUAAAUGAACAAAACAUUUACGGUUUUAUUUGAUUGUUAUAUAUUUCUUUAAACGGUUACUGUACUCAUAACAUAACGCAUAAUUUUGAACACGGUGCAAUUAUGUCCAAAAGGACACAUUAAUUCUUUCAUGCCUGUAUUUUUUUGCAUAAUAUUGCCUCUUAAGAUCCGAUUUUACCUUGGAAAAUAUAAAAAAGUCGCAUAGGUCCAGGUCUGGCGAAUACGGUGGAUGUUUCAAUCAUUCUCAAUUCUACAUGAAUAUUACAAAAUCUAACGGACAGUAAUUCCGGAGAUUUUAGCAAAAGCUCUCAUUUUUUAUAUGUUUUUUGGACAAUAUUGCCCCUUAAGUUCUGAUUUUAUCUUUUCUUCUUCUGGUGCCUAUCCGUUACGGAUGUUGGACACUAACAUAGCUAUUCUGACUUUGUUGGCUGCUGCCCUGAAAAGUCCGGUAGUGGUUAAGUUAAACCAUUUUCGCAGGUUAUGCAGCCAGGAUAUUCUUCUCCGUCCUAGACCUCUUUUCCCAUGCACUUUACCUUGGAGUAUGGUCCGAAGUAGGUCAUAUCGUUGUUCAUUGCGCAUUAUAUGGCCCAGGUAUUCCAGUUUGCGACGUUUUAUGGUUACGACUAGUUCACGCUCUUUACCCAUUCUAUGUAGAACUUCUUCGUUGGUAACUCUGUCUAUCCAGGAAAUCCUCAACAUGCGUCUAUAGCACCACAUCUCAAAUUCUUCGAGUCUCUUCAGUGAUGCUUCAGUUAAGGUCCAUGACUCCAUGCCAUAUAAAAGAACGGAGAAUACGUAGCAUUUUAGUAAACGAACUUUUAUUUCCAAUUUUAUAUCGUGGCUGUUAAAGAUUUUUUUCAUUUUGACGAAAGCUGAUCUUGCCUUCUCGAUCCUUAUCUUAAUUUCCGUCGAUUGGUCCCACUGUUCAUUUAAGUUUGUAACUUUUGUUACAUUUGUAAAAUUUUAUCUUAGAAAAUAUAAAAAAAACUCACAUACGUUUAGGUCUGGCAAAUGCGAUGGAUGUCGAUUAUACAUGAUUAUUAUAAAAUCUAUAAUGGCCAGUAAUUCCCGAUUUCAGCAAAAGCUCUUAAUUUUUUGUAUCUUCUGUACAAUUUGCCAUUUAAGCUCUGAUUUUAACUUAGGAAAUAUAUAAAAAAAGUCACAUACGUCCAGGUCUGGCGAAUACGGUGGAUGUUUCAAUCAUUCUCGAUUCUACAUGAUUAUUACAAAAUCUAACAUACAGUAAUUCCUGAGAUUUCAGCAAAAGUUGGCACUUAUACCACGAUUUUUGUAAAUCAUCAUCAUCAUUUUGGGUUAAUAACUCUGUCUAGGUCCUAGGCUCUUCAAGAAUUUCUCUCCUGUCGUCCCUAUCCAUCGUCUUCCUCCGCCAAUCACUUGUUCCCAUAUUUCUCAUGUCUUCCUUUUUGUUCUCUGGGCAAUGCGUAUAUCAAGAAGCGUUUUUUUAGCUGGAGUAUUUUGUUUCAUCCGCAUUACAUGUCCUACUCACCCAGAGGUGUAACCAGGAUGAUCCUAAGGGGGGACUUAAAACUACUUGAUGGUCUCUGCGGGGUAUGGAAUAAUAAUGGUGUUAAGCGUAUAGAGCUCAAAGUACAUACAAAUUGGGGGGGGGGGGGUUAUAACCCCCAAAAUCCCCUGGUUACGCCUAUGUACCCCUCUUUUAAAGCAUUAUUUACAAAUUCUUCAUUUAUAAAACUUUUUCGACCAUUUUUAAAAUUAUACAUUUGUUAUGAGGAGCAGCACUUUUUUUUAAACAUUAAAGAAUAUUUUAAGGGAAUUUUUUCUCUUGUAGAUAGGUUAUGUUAAGCUGUAAAAUAUCCGCAUGUUUUGACAGAGGGGAUGUUUAUGUUGUCUUUUCUAGUCUUAAGUUGUAGACAGUAGUUUAACCAGUGUCGUUUGUAUAUUCAAUAUAGGAAGAUAAUAUAAGUUACUUGUAUGUAACUAAUAACAAAGCUAAGCGAUAAUAUAUUGUAGAUAAAUACCACUCUUUUAUAUAGGACUACUUCUUCUUCCCGUAGCAUUACAACCUGGGGUAGGUCUUGGCUGACUGCACAACUCAUCUCCAUCUCGAAUGAUCGUUGAUGAUAGUUAGGUCCGUGGGUAGCCCCAUUGUUAAAUACUUAAUGCAAGAUAUCACAUCACGUUGUCAAGAUUUGUUGCGGUCUUGAUUCUAAACAAAAAAAUUUACCAUACUUACACUGCACUACUUCUGGUACUUCUAUCAAGCUUUUUGGUCAAUAUUGUAAUAAUUUUAGAUAAGUCAUUUCUAGAAUACCAUUCUUAAGAGAUUUAAACCAAAUUGAUAGGAUAGGAUUGAUAGGAUUUUUUAAGUAAAAGAAAAGAACAUCUCUACGACGUAUAUAUCAACCCCAAUUAUAUUUAUGUAAUACUCUCUCGUUUUAUACCGCUAACGCGACUUUGGGAUUAUAGCAGGGUAGUCUACUCCAGUGCAUUUUACAAGGUAAAAUUAAAGGAAAAAGGACCCCAGGACGAAGAAGAAUAUUCUGGCUUGCUAACCUGAGAGCAUGGUAUAGAAAGACCUCAACACAACUAUUCCGUAUAGAAACGAACAAAAUCAUCAUAGCCAGAAUGAUCGCCAACGUUCGGAACGGAUAGGCACCAUAACAAGAAGAAGUCUGCUAUAUCUAGGGCCUACGGUAUACAAGGAAGGUAACAGGGCCAGUGCUACGCUUCAACCGCCUAUUAUUACCCAAAGUACUCACUUUAUUCAGGCUGAGUCGGCCUAGGGCCUACAGACAUUUAUAAAUGUCUAGAUGUUCUCGCCGGCGCUGGGUUUCGAACCCCGGCCUACCUGCGUGGAAGUCAGACAUACUACCGCCUGAGCUAUCCGGGCCCUCAACACCAAUUAUAAUUUAUUAAUAUAUAAAUGGCCUAAAUAGUUAAAAAUAACCAAAAAGGGUAGAUCAUUGUGUUUGUUCAGAAACAAAAUAACCUAUCAAUGUGUCUAGCGUGACGUCAUACUAAUAUGACGUACUACUAAACCUUGUCUCGUUGCGUUUCUUACCACGUUUUCCGUAAAAAAUUGAUUUUCCUAUUACCACUAUGGAAGCUUUUUUAAUUUCCACAACUCUGGGCCUAUAACCUUUAAUAGGGAUGCAUGAUGGAAAAGAAUUUACUUAGAUGACAUACUACAAAGGAUACGGUGACAAAUCUAAACCUUUUUUUAUAACAAUAAUGCCUGGUUACAAUACAUAUUUCACCAAUUGCAAUACCAACAGAUUUCACGUUACCAACUUUAGAGCAAUUUAGAUUAUUUUCAUUACAAUAUUCAUAUAUAGGCCAAACUUUCUGUUUUGGAUCAGUUUACGUGUUAAACAGGUUCGGGGUUACUUAUGUUUGAUUGUAUUUGUUUUGUGCGUACUGUUUAUAACAUCACACACCACACACACCUGUUAUCGCUUAGUUUUGUAAAUAGUUAAUGAUAGAAUAGUAUAUAAUUUAUUAUCACGCAGUUUCCGCGAGUUUUGCUAUUCUAUACAAAAGUAUAAUUAAAUAAACAACCAAUAAAAUAAAAGACUUAAAUAUCAAUUAAUAUCAGUUAAUAUGUUAUCCUUAGUCUUGUCCUAAGCUCUUCAUGUAACACUGAGUUCCAGCUCUUAUAUCUUCGUUUUAGUGGUCUGCUGCAAUGAUUUUAUUAUUUAUUGCAGAGUUGUCUACGAAUUUUCAGUUUUUUGCUGUUACUCUGUCGUAUGCUGUUGCUAGGUCAAUAAAUAAUAGGUGAAUGUCUUGGUUUCUUGAUACUUUACUGCUUACUGUUUUACUUCACAGGGUUUUUGUCCUUCUUCUAAUAAACUUUUAAGAUUUUUUUUGUAUAGUCGUUGCAGUUUCUUUGCAGCGUCUUACUAGGUUAUAGCAUAUGUACAUGUUUACCACAUACAAAGCAGCCCAAGAUUUUGUAGACAAAAGAAAGAUGUUUGGGGCAAUGAGAAUUCUUCAGUUACUCCUUAUAGAAGGCGACGCCAUAAAAAUAGCUGACAAACAACCAAGAAUAUAUAUGUAUAUCUUCAAAUAUACCAAGAAAUACCAGUGCAAAACUCUACUACAAAAAAGCAUACAUUCGGUUCUCACAAGACUUGGACUUGAAACAGAAUGAAAACAUGUUAGAAAGUUUUGAGUGAAAAGUACAGAGAAUCAUUUAUACAGCUGUGAAUGACAAUGAUGUAUGGAUAAGACGGUACAACUUAAACUUCACAGAAGAUAUCUGGGACCAGAAGCGGGUAGGACCUGUAAUGAGGAUGGGGCAAAGUGUCACUGUAAGAAAAACGUUCCUUGUGUUGUAAAGCCAGAAUGAUAUGAGGAUGGUGAUGAAAUCAGUAUUGGCACAGUACCCAGAGGCUAUAACCAGUGAAAUGUACUUUUAGAAACAUUGACUUAAUUGAAUGCAUGAAUCUAGUAUUGUAAAACUAGCAUGAUAUAAUAAUUAUGAUGGUGAUGAAAUCAGUAUUAGCACAGUGCCAGAAACUAGUAUCCCAGUCGAAAGUACUUUCAAAAAAUUCACUUCAUUUUUCUUCAUGUGUCAUCUCCUCUAAGAAGGUCGGCAACCAUCAUGGCAAUUCGCACUUUCGAUUCCGCUGCUCUAAAGAGAUCAGGACCCCGAUUUUUGACCCUUCGCUUCUUAUACUAAAGAGGUACGAAGCGAAUACGUUCGAUAACGAAGCGAAGGGUCAAAAAUCGAGGUGCAGAACCUUCGCUUCGUCAUCGAAAGUAUUCGCUUCGUAUACUAAACAGAUACGAAGCGAAUACGUUCGAUAACGAAGCGAAGAGUCAAAAAUCGACGCCCAACAUAAGUGCAGUUAAACCAAGCUCUCCAAUUAUUUAACCAGGAGAUGCAUCUUCUUCCACGACUCCUUCUACCCUGUAUUCUUCCUUGUAUUAUUCAUUGCAACAAGUUAUAACGCUCGCCCCCAUGACAUGUCCCAGAUAUUUCAGUUUUCUAACUUUAAUUGUAAUUAGAAACCUCUCUUUCUUUUCCCAUUUUUCUCAACACAUCGACAUCCGCGACUCUACCCACCCAACUUAUUUUUAAUAUCCUUCUGUAGGCCCAUAACUCGAAGGCUUCUAAUCCGAAACAUGUUUCAUUAACGUCCAAGCCUCCAAACCAUAAAAUAAUACGGAGAACACGUAGCAUCUUAGAAGUCUUAUCCUUAAAGAAAUUGUAAUAUCCCUGCUUCAUUGACUUCAUAGUAAUAGAAAAAAAAAAACUGUAUUAUUUUGUUUAUUUAGCGUAUGGUGUAACCCAAUACUCUGGGUAUUGGGAUUUGGAAGAAAAAGAGCUGAUGAAAGAGGGGGAAAAUAGAAGAGAAGAGGGUUAAGAUACUAAUGGAGAGUGGCUUAGCUCAGACGAACAAAUCAAAGAGGCAGAGAGACACUAUAUCUCAAGUGAGGACUCGGGCUAGCUUCAGUGCACUAAAUAUUGGCUUUAAAAUAUACAAACAGAGAUAUGGGAUAAUGAAAGGGUAGAAACAAGGAAGAAAAUGAGACAGGUUAAUGCGAGAAGGGAACGCAACUAGAUAAGAACGCUGGAGACAGAAUAAUAUGAAGAUACGACAAGGAAAGAAGAAGAAAAAGGGCGCCAACUCGAACGAACAGCUCAGAUUUCUGAACCGAGGAUUUGAAAAGUUCGAGAUUUUUGAAAUAAAGAAAAACAGAAUAAACGACCAAUAAAUAAAUGACAGUGAUACAAUGACCUGAAAUACAAAAAAAAAUAUUCACUAUUUACCUUGUUCUGCUAUAUUAUCAACUGGUGAUACGAGACUGAAAUAAAAAUCAACCUUACUAAGAACAAAUAUAUUUAUAAUAUUUCACAAUUUACAAUGUAUCCAUGAUACUUAUAAAACAUGUGAGAUAAACAAUAGUGGUGGAGUUGAGAAAAAUAACAAUCUAGAACCCAAAGGGUUACGCCAAGUAAAUUACCACCGCUAUUGCGCAAUAUAAAAAUAUCAAUAACGAAAACCAGGUCAGUGUCCGUAAGCGUAGCGAAAUCCUAUACUAUGGUUAGUAUACUAAUAUUAAUUGAUCCUAGACUAGAUAAGGUAUAGUUAAUACUAGAACAACUAAUGGUUACACAAAAAAAUUUAAUACCUUAUCUAGCAGAGACUUAAAGGGUGACGUACUCACCAAUCGAACUAUUAAGUGUCCGAAACAAUAGAAAUACCAGAUCUAUGUCUAAGUACUAUACCUAAGUAAACAUAGAUGCUGGAAGCUAUAUAAAACUAACAAAAUGAGUUUGGUUAAAGACUUUUCCAGAAAUAUUAUUUAAAACCUAUCGACAAUCUUUAUAUAUGUCUUAAUUCCCCUUUCCCUUAUCAAUUAAUUUAUUUUAUUUGAAUAUUUAUUUAUUAUUUACCAUUACCUAACUUUAUUUAAAAUCCUACUUCAAAAAACCUAUGUAUAUAGUGUAGUAUAGGUACCUGUUAUAUGCAUAUAAAAAGUUUACACAAAUUUAUUACUGUAGAGUAAAAACCAAAAUAUUUAUAGGUAUGAAUUGAAAUAAAGAAAAAAAAACUCUUAUCUUUUAUAACUCCUGGGUAUAUUCAUAGGAAGGUCCACUAGAUUUGGGAAAUCUCUGUGCACUAUAACAUCUGUGUGGAGCGGUCUGAAGUUGAGAGGUUCUGUGGAUGUAUUUGGUGAAACGGGUCGGUAAUGGUUUAUGAUGUCCUACUAUUAGUUAUAUAAAGUAUAUUUAUCCAUAAAAAAAUCCAACUAAGUAUCCAAAUUAGUUAUAUAAGGUAUAUUUAUCCAUAAAAAAAAAUCCAACUAAGUAUCCAAAUUAUGGGUGGAAUGGAAAUAUGAUGUAGAAUGUAAAAACGAACCCUGGGAUCUCUGAUACGUGACCACGUGGUAUAAUUUAUGUUAUAAUUUCUUGAAUUCUUGUUUUUUUGUUACUUUGGAGAUUGUCUGUUGAGUUUCCUGAUGUUUAGUUUACUGGUGGUAUGUAAUAUAUUUAAUUUCAGUCCAUUAUUUUCCCAGAGUUCGUCUACAAAUAGCAAGCAGCUCACGUAUCAGAGCGGAUGUUCUUUAACCAACCGAUUUUACUAUUACGAGUUUCGCUUCUCUACCGUCCCGUUGGUCGUUCGGCCUGCGCCUACACGUCGAAGCGUUAGGGAGUUAUAAAGAUACAUAGGCGCAUCAAAUAAAACACUUACGGGGUAGCAAUAAAUGCUACAAUGGGUAACAUCACAGAAUAGGUAAAGAUAUCCUGUUUUUUAUAUAUUCUAUUGACUCUUCGGUUCCCAUUACGAAGUCUGUAGGGUCGCCUGUGUGGGCAGUCCUGUGACAUGUGUCUGAUCGUCUGUCUUGAGUGUCUUGCAGCACAGCAGUCACAAGAAGGCGAGGGAAGUUUACCCCAUCUGUAGAGGACUGCCCAAAUCUUACGGGGACGUUCACAUCCGUCUGUGAUGUCCAGUAGACUAUGGUAAUGCGGAUCUGUCUUACUUUCCCGUUCUUAUCUCUAUCGGGUAUUUAAGUCAAACUUGAUUACUGCAGCGCUUCAGGGGAGGUCACCUAGUUCGAAAACGGUUUCCAAGAAUACCGUGGAUGUCGUUGUGGACUAGAAGUUGACGACUAUCCACAAUUUUGUUGUAUUAUUUGUAUGUUCAAUGCAUGUUCGCGGUGUAGGUUGGUUGGAGCUAUGCUACCAGGGGUGGAUAGCCACAUUUGCGCAUAAUUGUGCUUGUUAUCAUACGCAUAUUUAUUAUUAUUUAUAUACUUUUGAUUAUAAAAUAGCAAAACCAUUUCAGACUGUUUUCAUGUACAUAUUUUAUCGUAUUAUUUAAGGGAAAUAAUAUUAUACACUUAUAUACAAAUACUUUAAUACGAAGAAAGCCAAAUAACCUCUUUACUCCAUGUACAUAUAGAGAAAUAUUUUGUAGAUUUAUAGAUUUAUCUACUAUUUUGUAACUAUCAGUAAAAAAAGAGCUAAAAAUGUAGGUUUCUCGUUGAUCGGUAGUAUCGAAGACAUUUAGUGUUAUUUUAAAGCAUAGAAAUAUACACAAAAUUUUGUUACUUUCUUUAAAGUCUAUAGUUGAAGUUUUUCUGUUUGUAUAAUUUAUCCUUUUUAAUAUUUGUAAGUAUUUUUGUAAAAUUUAACCAAUAAAUUCUAAGAAAUUUUA